GACAGAGAGUAUAGGACGUCGCUGCAGCUCAUUGUCUCCGUGUAUGUGGCUACUGCCAUGGCAGACAUCCUGAGGAGACUGACCAACAGCGAGAGAUGCAGGCUCCUGCAGGAUAAACUAGACGAUUGGUACAAAGACUAUCACAUCAAUUCCUGUGACAGUAAUUUGAAUGUAUGCUGUGAGCUUCUCGAGUUGAAUUCCAAAGUUCAGGGACAACUUUUUAAAAUUCUCAGUGUUACAGCUCAGGAAGGUGGUCAGUAUGCAGGUGUGGAAACUAUCAAGAGCCGGUUUUUGCCAUGGUUGGGAACCUGUUUUUCUACAGCUUCGCCAGGAUCAUUUUCUGAGAACAGUUUUGUCACUUUAAAUGAAUCAAUGGAAAGAAAACUAUCCACAAGCCAUGAAAGAGAACUGAAUGAAGUAGAAUCCAAGCUAUCAUCAACACGUAUUGAGCUAAACUCUGUCAGACAAGAAUUAUUAGAAACACAAAUGGAUCUAGAAGACACCAAAACCAAAUCUGCAAACACUUUAUUGGCAACUGAGGAAGAGAUAUUACAACUACGAGCAGAGUUGAGAGCUGCUAGAGAGAAGUUAGAGUUAAGAUCUCUAGAUUCCAUUGAUGAAUAUGAACGCCAAAUACGUCUGCUGAAGGAUGAGAUCUCCAUUUUGUCAUCUGAGAGUAGUAUAUUAAAAAGCAGACUUUCAAGAAGCCGAUCUCCUAGCCCUAUUCGACAUUCUAGCAGAUCAUCUAGUCCAUUUGCCAGGAGUGAGUCCCCUACCUCUGCCAAACUUACCAGUGCCUCUCGUCAAGCCCGCCUAAUAUCUAGAUUUAAUGAUAUUUUUGCUAACGAUCGUCUGGAUGCACAGACCCUUCUUAGACGCUACAUUCAAGAUCUGGACAUGGUUCAGAGGAUCAUAUUUAUCGCCACUGUGGAAUCCUUCCAUUCUGCUAAGAUGGCCUUUAGGCAGUUUAGACUCCGAGUAUGUAAAUCUCUAUCUCCUUCUCACAUGGGACCUGAAUCACUGGAAGAUGCUGUCAUUGACUACAUUGUUGGCAACCUAGAUCUGUAUGAUGUCCAGUCCAGUGUUAAUGAGGUUAUCAGCGCCAUGAAUGUCAAUCCUAAAAUCUCCUUCCCUCCUGAAGUGGACUUUAUUCUGAUCAGUGGAUUCAUCCGGGAGGUGUGCCGAGUAGCUUUUACAAUGCAGACCUUAGAUCCCCCACUGGAUAUAGCAUUUACAGUUGAUGGAGAACUCUUUACUGACAGCAAGUAUCGUCGCACAUAUGAUUCAGAACACACAGCCCCUCUGGUAUAUUAUCAUGUAUGGCCUGCCUUAAUGGAAAAUGAUAAUGUCAUUGUUAAAGGAGAGGCAGUAACAAAAAGAGGAGCUCUGUGGAAUUCAAUAAGGAGCAGAAGCAGAAGUGCUAGCCCUCUCCGCUCUCACUCGGAUAGCCCAGGUCACAACCUGACUAGAAGCCGCAGUCCUUCCCCAAGAAGAAGUGGCACCCCAAGAUUCUAAUCGUGUGUCAUAUGAGUUCAUCAGGAAUCGUCAGAAUCGGUGGUGCUUAUUUAUUUACCUGUACCUCAGACCUUCAAUACAAUAAUUUGAAUGAAUAUUUCGAAGACUUGUGUGUACAUGCAGUGUUUACAGUGUUUAUGCUAUUUUUUUCACAUUUCUUGUAACAUUUAUUUUAAAAGGGAAAAAAUGGAUCUCCACUCCAGCAGUUCUACAAACUUCCUACUGUAUUUGAAACAAAAUUUAAAAUCUAUGACAGUCACAUGCUGCAGAAUUUAAGAAAACAAAAAUGUAAAAGUAAAAAAGUAAUAUGUAUAUUUCAAGCAGCGUCGGAGGGAAUUUGGGGCAGAGGCAAUAAUUCCAUGCAGGGAGCAGGCAUGGGCCUGCCGGGUUCAUGAGGGUGUGAGCCCACCAGGUUUUUUCCCAGCCUGACCCUGAUUUCAAGAAUACCUGUAUGCUCUUUAUCAUGCAGUUUUUAACAUAUAUACCUUAAUAUAUGUAUAUUUUAUUAAAACAGUGAAAUUCAUUCUUAAAGCAACAUAAGUCAAGACUGGAAACAUGAUUUCCUUUGUAUAAUUCUUCUAUUCUACUUGGACAUAUCACAUAUGAAGUUUUGUCACUAAAUAAACGGAUUCUGGAAUUGUCUCCAAGCAAAAUAGGUGUGAAUUAGGAAGAUAGUCAUCUACAAAAUGAGCCUGAAGCCCCUCACUAUCUAAAAAAAAUAUUAUAUGACAACAUAAUAAUAGAACAUAUGAAACAUAAUAUUACUGUGCCAAAAUGUCCAAAUGCAAAAUGAAGCCCUUCAUAAGUUUGUUUUUUUGCCUGCUGUAAGCAUUCCUUUUUCAAGAAUUCGUCAUCUUAUAUAUGUGGCCUUAGUUUUAAAGAAAUGUUUAGCCGCCAUACAUUUAUGUUCCUUAUUUGUCACCUUCUCACAUAAACCAAUCCACAAGGGCAUUUUCAAAUGACUGACCAGGAUAUUUUGUCCCCCUCAGAGGUGUCUUCUUUAGUGACACUCUUUCCUAUAUUCCUCCCAUUGGAUUUCCUUGCAUCCAUGCUUAAAAAUUAUCGCUCCAGGCUUACAGGGCACAUUGGGGCUUGCUGCUAGAUUCUGAAGAAUGAAUAUAUUGCAUUGUGUAUUUAUCCAGAUACCAUAUCAAACUGCAUUCUUAUACAUAAAUCAAUAAAAUUGACGUUGCCCUUGGAGGUCUCUUAUUUAUAAAAGGUUACAGCAGGGGAGCAUCAGCCUGUAGAAGUAAUUCAGGAGAUUUUUUUCUCCAUUGAUAAUGUAAACAGGGAAAUACCAAAUGAAAAUUAUCCUUUGGGUAAAAAGUAAGGGUUACCAUAUGGGGUUUACUUGAUGUGGGUAUGGUGGCUUACCAAUUUAAUGAUCAUAAAUGUGUGACAUAUUAAUGAUGUAUAUACUAGCAAGGAACAAAUUAGUAGCAACACAUUUGGCCAAUUAAUGUGUACUGAUCAUUAAUGUGUACUGUCCCCAUUGUGUGUUUGUGUCAAUUGUAUGUAAAAAAAAAUAUCCUGCACAUUUGCACUUUUUUUUAAAUAUAAAUAGUCUAAAUAGCAGUUGUGAAUACAUUGUUUCUUUAACAAUGUAAUGUAAGAUAAGGAAAGGUCCCACCAUAUUGCAAAUUUUGGGACCUUACCUUUAUAAUUAUUAAUAAUAAAGGAGAGUUUACCAUCAAAUACAUUUAGUUAAGAAUAAUCACACAAAAUAAAGUUGAUGUUUAAAGUUAAAAGGAAUCAAUCUCACUGGUCUGAACAAUAUAUUGUGUUUAUUUCUAAAAUUUUAGCAGUUUGCAUACAAUUCUAUGGUGUUUUCACUAAUGCAGUUUAUCUUUUGUUCACUAUAUACUGAUAAGAUAAGUACUUAUCUCAUGCAAUAAAGUAUCCCUGUGCAGUAUGUACAGGCAUGUAUCAUAAAUCUAAA